GGCCGGGCCUGCUGCGGUGGCCGCCUUCAGGGAAGGGGGUGGGUCCGGGGAGGGGUUUGCGGUCCGACGCCGGUUAAAAGUACCGGGAAAAGGGUCGGGGAGCGACUCCAGCCCGCGGCUUCCUACACUUGGAGGUCCGUUUCUCCAAAGGCCGGGGAAGUCGGCUCGCCCCCUCUGCUCCGGAAAGGGGCUCCGCGGCGACGGGCGCAGAGAGGGGCCGUCGUGGAGAGCCUGGCCCCAGCCGAACGAGUGCGCACCCCUGCUGACAAGAAACUGCUGCCCGUCCGUCCGUCCCUCCUGAGCGCCAAGUGUCCCCCUCCAUCAGGCCUUCCAGCCCGAGGACAGGGAUGGAGAGACCCGGAGUCUCCUGCCUUUGCGGCUGUCUGUCUGUGCUCGCCCUCCUGCCCGCCCUGAGCCUGGCGCAGUACGAGAGCUGGCCCCACUACCCCGAUUACUUCCAGCAGCCCGCCCCGGAGUACCACCAGCCUCAGGUGCCCUCCGACGUGGUCAAGAUCCAGCUGCGCCUGGCGGGCCAGAAGAGGAAGCACAGCGAGGGCCGGGUGGAGGUGUACUACGACGGCCGGUGGGGCACCGUGUGUGACGACGACUUCUCCAUCCACGCUGCCCACGUCGUCUGCCGGGAGCUGGGCUACGUGGAGGCCAGGUCCUGGACGGCCAGCUCUUCCUACGGCAAAGGGGAAGGGCCCAUCUGGUUGGACAACGUCUACUGCACUGGCAACGAGGGGACCCUCGCAGCCUGCUCCUCCAAUGGCUGGGGUGUCACUGACUGCAAGCACACGGAAGAUGUGGGUGUGGUGUGCAGUGACAAAAGAAUUCCUGGGUUCAAGUUUGACAAUACGCUGAUCAACAACAUAGAGAACAUGAAUAUCCAGGUGGAGGACAUCCGGAUCCGAGCCAUCCUCUCCGCCUACCGCAAGCGCACCCCGGUGACGGAGGGCUACGUGGAGGUGAAGGAGGGCAAGACAUGGAAGCAGAUCUGCGACAGGCACUGGACGGCCAAGAACUCCCGCGUGGUCUGCGGCAUGUUUGGCUUCCCUGGGGAGAAGAGCUACAACGCCAAAGUGUACAAAAUGUUUGCCGCCCGCAAGAAGCAGCGCUAUUGGCCAUUCUCCAUGGACUGCACAGGCACGGAGGCCCACAUCUCCAGCUGCAAGCUGGGCCCUCAGGUCUCGCUGGACCCCGUCAAGAAUGUCACCUGUGAGAAUGGGCUGCCGGCCGUGGUGAGUUGUGUGCCUGGCCAGGUCUUCAGCCCCGAUGGACCCUCAAGAUUCCGGAAAGCCUACAAGCCAGAGCAACCCCUGGUGCGGUUGAGAGGAGGUGCCAACGUCGGGGAGGGCCGCGUGGAGGUGCUCAAGAACGGAGAAUGGGGUACCGUCUGCGACGACAAGUGGGACCUGGUGUCCGCCAGCGUGGUCUGCAGAGAGCUGGGCUUCGGGAGCGCCAGAGAGGCCAUCACAGGCUCCCGGCUGGGGCAAGGGAUGGGACCCAUCCACCUCAAUGAAAUCGAGUGCACCGGGAAUGAGAAGUCCAUCAUAGACUGCAAGUUCAAUGCUGAGUCUCAGGGCUGCAACCAUGAAGAAGAUGCUGGUGUGAGAUGUAACAUCCCCGCCAUGGGCUUCCAGAAAAGGCUGCGCCUGAACGGGGGCCGAAACCCCUAUGAGGGCCGAGUGGAGGUGCUGGUGGAGAGGAACGGGUCCCUCGUGUGGGGGACAGUGUGCGGCGAGAACUGGGGCAUCGUGGAGGCCAUGGUGGUCUGCCGGCAGCUGGGCCUGGGGUUUGCCAGCAACGCCUUCCAGGAGACCUGGUAUUGGCAAGGAAAUAUCAACGCCAACAAGGUGGUCAUGAGCGGAGUGAAGUGCUCAGGAACAGAGCUGUCCCUGGCGCACUGCCACCACGACGGAGAGGACUUGGCCUGCCCCGGGGGCGGGGUGCAGCACGGGGCUGGAGUUGCCUGCUCAGAAACUGCCCCCGACCUGGUCCUCAACGCAGAGAUCGUGCAGCAGAGCACCUACCUGGAAGACCGGCCCAUGUUCAUGCUUCAGUGCGCCAUGGAGGAGAACUGCCUCGCGGCCUCGGCUGCCAACACCAACCCCACCACGGGCUACCGGCGGCUCUUGCGCUUCUCCUCCCAGAUCCACAACAAUGGCCAGUCUGACUUCCGACCCAAGAACGGCCGCCACGCGUGGAUCUGGCAUGACUGCCACAGGCACUACCACAGCAUGGAGGUGUUCACCCACUACGACCUGCUGAACCUCAACGGUACCAAGGUGGCAGAGGGCCACAAGGCCAGCUUCUGCUUGGAGGACACGGAAUGUGAAGGAGACAUCCAGAAGAGUUACGAGUGUGCCAACUUCGGCGAGCAGGGCAUCACCAUGGGCUGCUGGGACAUGUACCGCCAUGAUAUCGACUGCCAGUGGGUCGACAUCACCGACGUGCCCCCUGGAGACUACCUGUUCCAGGUGAGGGGAAUGAGAAGGGGCUCCAGGCCCCCGCUGAUGGGAGGAGGUGUCUCUGCCUUAGCAAGUGGGUGGGUAGCCUCCUUCCUCCGAUGGUGCCCAGGCAGAAAACGCAUGGAGGCCGGGCCAUCUAAAGUGCACAGAGUCCUACACCCGGAGGCUGUCGCUGUCACCCAGGUAACCUAGGUAUGUGAGACAUGC